AUGUUCAACCCGCUGUAUCUUCUCGCCCCGCCCGUCCUGAUCGUGGCCUCGCUGCCGCUGGUCGGACUGGCCAUCCUCACCACCUCGCUGGCAGUCGUCACCCUGUUGGUCCGCGUGUCCAUCGUCUACUUCGAGCUGGGCGUCGCCCUCAUCCACAGCUGGCUGUUCACCUCCCGACACCCGCCAGCCCUCGAAAAGUACCGCUCACGAGCCUCGUCUGGCUACUCGACGCCCACCCGCCACCACCGCCGCCGCCGCAGCAGCGCCGCCAGCCUGCUCGCCGCCGGCGACCAAGCCCCGCCUCGCCGCCCGCCCACCAAGAGCGAGAGCUUCGCCUCGCUGGUCAGCACCGCCGGACCCAACCGCGACUUCGAGGGCAUCGGCGGCUGGCGCAUGUCCGGCGACGGCGAGGAGGAGGCCCUGUGGAUCGGCAUGAACUCCAGGCUCGAGCUGCCGACCGCCCUGCCCGCCGAAAAGCACCGCCGCCACCAGCGCUCGCUCACCGGCGGCAGCCAGCGCUGGUCCUGGAGCCCCGAGGCCAUGAAGAUGUCGCCCGUGCAAAGCCGCGCCCGCACCCCCAACGGCCCCGAGUGCCCCGGCAGCCCGGACGAAUACUUCACCAUGCAUCAUUACACCAGGAAGAACGGGUCGUGGGACGCCAUCCAACGCAGAAAGAGCUCUAGUGGUUCCAGCAGCUGUUCCACCAGCAGCUCCGGUCGCACUCCGCGGACCUCAAUAAGGAGUUCUAUGUAUGGUUGA